GGCCACCAGACUUUUAUUUUGGAGAGCGGAAAAGACGUAGCUUCACACAAGCUAACAGCUAACGGCAACGUCACGGGAGACAGGAGCGGAGCUGCCGGUAAACGGACGUACGCGGCUGCACGCGCGCAGACAUCCAGACUUUCUUCAUGUUGCUGCGGACGUAAAGAAGCUUCUGGAAGCUCUACGUGCACGAGCACGCUCUACAUGGCCACCCAGGAGCUGUACGAGGUGGAGAGGAUCCUGGACAGGAGAAGGAGCAGGAAGGGGAAGGUGGAGUACUUGGUCAGGUGGAGGGGCUAUGGUGCAGAGAGUGACACCUGGGAGCCUGAGAGUCACCUGUCCACCUGCGUGAGUUACGUUCAAGAGUUCAAUCGGCAGUACGCUGAGCGGCAGAGGGAGGGGGCGCUAAUGCGCUCCACCCGCAGCCUCGCCCAUCGACCCCAGUGUGGACCACCACCCAGUUCCCCUGCAUCCGCUGACUUAGGCAGCGACGUCGGCAGGGCCUGUGUCCAGGUGAGGGCACCCCUCAGUCCCACUCACCUGUCCUGCUCCGCCCCCUCAACCUCACCUGAUAGGUUUAGCCCCUGCGCCGUGUCUGCGCCUCUGACGGGCUUUGCACGCCGAGGUGUGGACCUUUCCAAGACGGGCAUCAAGAUCCUGGUUCCAAAGAGUCCAAUGAACUCCCGUCCCGACUCAGAGGAGUCCCCAAGCGAGGCGGCCCACAGCUUGGAGGCGGGGACUCAGGAGGCUCACCUGGUUCCUCCAGAGGUCGCCCUACUGGAGAAACCUGCAGUGCAGCUCGGUCCUGGUGAGGAAAGGGCUCGCAUUGGAACCAGACCCCGGAGCCAGAACCCCCUCUCACCGCCCCGGGCCCCCAUCACACCUGCGGCUGUCCGCUCCCUCAGCAGCUCAGCAGGACACUCGCCUCUAAUGGAGGCUGCUGCUGCAAACUUAAUGUCAGGCGCGGUCACCGGGGCAACAGGCGCCAUGGGCAAACGGCGUCUGGAGGAGCGCUCCGCCUUCGACAAACGCCUCAGGUUUAGCGUUCGCCAGACGGAAAGUGCCUAUCGGUACCGUGACAUCGUGGUGAAGAAGCAGGACGGCUUCACUCACAUCCUGCUGUCCACCAAGAGCUCUGAGAACAACACGCUCAAUCCGGAGGUAAUGAAGGAGAUCCAGAGCGCCAUGGCAACGGCAGCAUCAGAUGACAGUAAGCUAGUGCUGCUCGGCGCCGUGGGCAGUGUCUUCUGCUGCGGCCUGGACUUCCUGUAUUUCAUUAGACGCCUGACGGAUGACAGGAAGAAAGAGAGCAUCAAGAUGGCUGAAACCAUUAGGACCUUCGUCAAUACUUUCAUCCAGUUCAGGAAGCCUAUUGUGGCGGCGGUGAACGGGCCAGCUGUGGGGCUGGGAGCCGCCCUCCUGCCGCUCUGCGACGUGGUCUGGGCCAACGAGAAAGCUUGGUUCCAGACGCCAUACACGUCCUGCGGGCAGACGCCAGACGGAUGUUCCACCUACACCUUCCCCCGUGUCAUGGGCCUCGCCUCGGCCAGCGAGUUGCUGCUGAGCGGCAGGAAGUUGACGGCUCAGGAGGCGGGCUCUAAAGGCCUGGUGUCACAGGUUCUGUGGCCUGCCACUUUCACGCAGGAAGUGAUGCUGCGGGUCAAAGAGCUGGUCGCUGUGGACUCGCAGGUUCUGCUGGAGUCCAAAGCCCUGAUGAGGAGCAGCAGCCGCAGUGCUCUGGAGCAGGCCAACGAGCGCGAGUGUGAGGCUCUGAAGAGGGUGUGGGGGUCUUCACAGGGGACUGACUCCAUACUGCAGCACCUGCAGAGGAGAACUGAGCUUUGCUAGAACCUGGACCGGGUUGGAUCUGGGAGCUUCUUUCUAUAUGGAUUCAGCCAGAACCCGUGAGCUCAACUCACUGACAGCUGACCCAGAUGUUCCACCGAGUUCUCUCCAGGUUCCCUGUGGGUCCAGCCGGUGAUACCGGCAACAGAUCAGGGGCUUGGAUAGUGACUAAAACUGCAGUUUUAACAGAACUGGCCCAGUUCUGAAUCCCCUGAAGGACAAAGUAUGAUCCAGAACAGGACUGAUCCGGAACGGUCCGUUUCCUGAUGAGAAUUCUGCAGCAACAAAACGUUUUAUGUAAACAAGUUUGUGUCAGACGGCUCUGUAUAAAGAUCAGGUUCUUCAGUAAAAAGUUCUGAACCAGAUACUGGUCUGGACCUGCUCCGACUUUUCUAUUUGUAUUAAACUAAGAACAAACUUGAA